AUGGCUUUGUUUUGGGAGGAUCUCGCUCCCUGGACCUCGGCCGUCGCGAAGAGACUCGCCUCAUCGGUCCUUGCCGUGGUUGUCACUGCCAGUUCGCUCGUUAUGCAGCUUGUUAGCGUUCGCUCUCGUCAGGGGCACGGCACCAUCGUGCAGGUUCGGGUCAAGCAGCCGAUUGUCGACUGUCAACUAGUCCGACUUGUCUCCGCCGUUUGGGGGAGGGUCACCUUCUGCAACGGUGAGGAGACCGGACUGGAGUUGCGCGAGAUAGUCGUUGGCCAGGGAUCAGACGAUUGA